AUGGCCGACGAUCCGCACAACACGAGCGACAUCGAGACGGGCGCCGCGAAGGAGGACGCCGAAACCACGGCCGCGCGGCGCGAGCUGAAGCAGACAAGCAUCUCGGAGAAGGCGGGGCACGCUCAGCAGUUAUCCCAGGACGAUAAGAGCGCCUCGGAUGACGAUGCACCCCAAGAUAAGGCCCCUCCACGACGAGUUACUCCCGAUAUCACCCUGGGCCCGCCAAGGGAAGAAGUCUUGAGAGAGCAGAUCUCGUCGCCAAAGAAAAAGCGGGCACACGACGAGCUAGAUGAGAACAAGGAUGUUGCCGAGACCCUGCUCGAAGAAGGAGCACCUCCCAAGCCUGCCGCCACAGGCGCGACCCAGAGCAGGACAGACCGGUUUGAGCCCGAGAAGAAGCGACCCCGAGAUCGUCAAGCAAGUGCCUCAGCGGUCAAGAGUGGUCAGGAGGAAGUGGAGCCUCUAUCUGGCAGCACGUCCCGAAGAUCGAGCAUGGAGUCGACCGGAGCGUCCAAGACAGAAAAGCCCCAAACAUCAGCAGCUGCCUUUGCCAGCUCGGGCUUCGCAAAAUUUGGGCGCGCACCGGUCUCUCCGUUUGGCGCGUUAGGUGCUUCGGGCAAGCCCAGUCCCUUUGCUUCAGCAUCAAGCUCUUCGUCCGGUAGCAUAUUUGGCGCACCCAAGCCGUCGGUCCCCUCGUCACCACCCAAACUCAGUUUCGCUUCCAAGACGGCUGCGUCCCCCUUCGCCAGCCUCAACGGACAGGGCGCCGGGACGGCAUUCAAGUCAAGCCCUUUCGCAAGCGCUUUUGGGGGCAGUGCCCUCCCAGGAUCGCGUCUCACAAACUUUGGCAAGCCCGGCGAAGUCCCUAAGAGCGACAAGCCUGCCAAGCCGUUUGGUGCACCAGAUAGCGAUGCAGAGGCAGGGUCCGAGGAUGAAGAGAGCAGAGAUGACGCUAGCAAUGCUGAAGCUGGACCCGAGGAUCCGGGGGAUAAGGAGAUCGAAAAGGACCGAGAUGAGUCCAAGACGGCGGCCGACGAUGACAAGAAGAAGCCCAAACUACAAAAGGUCGUAAUUGACGAUGGCGAAGGCCAGGAACUCACGCUUUUCUCGGCACGUGCCAAGAUGUACAUAAUGGAGAAGGGCGUGGGGUGGAAGGAGCGUGGAGCGGGCAUGCUGAAGAUCAACGUUCCCAAAUCGACAGUGGACCUGGACGACCAGGGCGUUCCGGACCCGACCACCUUUGACGCCUCGGCCCUCGACGAUAACAACGGCGACGAGGAGGCGGAGGAGGGGCACGCCGGGCGGAAGCAUGUCCGCCUAAUCAUGCGUCAAGACCAUACGCUGCGCGUGAUUCUGAACACGGUCAUCCUGCCGGCCAUGAAGUUCCAGCUUACAAACAGGCUCAAGGCGGCUACGGUGCUAUUUACGGCUUUUGAGGGCGGCGAGGCGCGACAGGUGCAGAUGAAGUUGAGCGAGGCGAAUGCGAAGACCUUCUCCCAAGUUGUGGAACUGUUAAAGAAACGGCUUGCCGAUGUCUAG